GCGGAAGUGGAGGGUUUGUCGCUCAGUUGCUAAGCUGCAGCCGAGGAGCAGCGAGCCUGUCAACAAGUUGUCAUCAGCUGCUGAGACAGAUUAUCUGCUGACGGCUUCACGUCCAGACUUUAACCUCCCGCCGCUUCACAUGAUUCACGGCGGCGGACACACGAAGGUGGAGGACGCUCAUUGCAGAGUGUAAAAGCUGAUGUCUGUCCUCACUGAUCCUGACUGAACUUCAUGAAUUAACCUCAGCAGUCGACCAGCAGUUCCAACAAGUGUGACCAGUAUGGCCGCCGCCAACACCACCAAGAUCUCAUGGCGACUGCACGAGUUCGAGGCUCACACCAGCAGCGUUUCCUGUUCAGCUCUGGGGAAAAGCUCCGGCCGCCUGCUGGCCACAGGAGGAGAGGACUGCAGGGUGAACCUGUGGGCUGUCAGCAAGGCCAACUGCAUCAUGAGUUUGACUGGUCACAAGACCCCAGUGGAGUGUGUGCAGAUCAACGUGUCAGAGGAUCAAAUCGUCACUGGUUCUCAGUCUGGAUCAAUAAGAGUCUGGGACAUGGAGGCUGCAAAGAUUUUAAGGACUCUGACGGGACACAAAGCGAACAUCACCAGUCUGGGCUUCCAUCCAUUUGGAGACUUCCUCGCCUCAAGCUCUAUGGACACAAACAUCAAGCUGUGGGACAUCCGGAGGAAAGGAUACGUCUUCAGGUACACGGGUCACACUCAGGCGGUGAGGAGCGUGGCCUUCAGUCCAGAUGGGAAGUGGUUGGCUUCAGCCAGUGACGAUGGCACAGUCAAGCUGUGGGACCUGAUGCAGUCCAAGAUGAUCACAGAGUUCAAAUCUCACACUGCAGCCGUCAACAUCAUCCAGUUUCAUCCCAACGAGUACCUGCUGGCAUCAGGCAGCUCCGACAGGACCGUUAAACUGUGGGAUCUGGAGAAGUUUACGAUGAUUGGCUCGAUGGAGGGAAACACGAGUCCAGUCAGGUGUAUCUGCUUCAGCCAGGACGGCAGCUGUCUGUACAGCGGGGCCACAGACUCUCUGCGGGUCUUCGGCUGGGAGCCCGAUCGCUGCUUCGACGUGGUCCCAGUGGGCUGGGGGAAAGUGUCCGACCUGGCGGUGUGCAACCAGCAGCUGAUCGGUGUGUCUCACCAGCUCUCCAGUGUUUCGUCCUACGUGGUGGAUCUGAAGAGGGUAAAGAAGAGCGGUGGCUCUGUGAUCCAGGGAAUCAUCCAGGACAACCAGCCGCUCACAGAGCCGAAGGAUCCUAAAGGAGCCGCACUGCGCCGGAACUACGAGAGACCCACAACCACCUGCAGCACUCAGAGGGUGAAGCAGAGGUCAGACACUGAUAGGCGGAGCCCUGAAGGCGAGAGGCGGAGCCCCAGUGAGGACGAGGCAGACGAGAAAGUGUCGUCAGCGGAAAUCCACAACGCAGAAGAUUAUAAAGAGAUCUUCCAGCCCAAGAACGCCAUCUCUCGCACUCCUCCCAAGAUCUCCGAGCCUUUCCCUGCUCCUCCAGAGGACGAGACAAUAUUAGCAAUUGGCCGUCAGCUGAAGGACAUGAUAUCUCCUUUUCCUGACAAGCAGCAGAUUCCUCCGCUGGCCUCCUCCACACCUGUCCAGAGGGUGGAGCCUACAGUGGUCUCCUGUGUGAAGCGUCCGGCCCCCUCAGCUGUCAGCACGGCGUCCUCCAACGCCCCCGCCCAGGCCCCGCCCCCUCCUCAGCCUCCCGUCACCACGGCGAAGUCUAAACCACAGGCCAAGAUCAUCCUCAGCACCCGGAACGAACCCAUCGGCCUGAACGUGGCCGACUUCCUGCCUCCUUCACCCAACAACAGGGGCGGAGCUCUGAGUGACGAGGAGGCUCUGUCUCAGAUCAAGAAGGGUCACGACACCAUGUGUGUGAUGCUGAGCAGCCGACACAAGAACCUGCAGACAGUCCGAGCUGUGUGGGCCCGAGAGGACAUCAAGAGUGCUCUGGAUGCUGCUGUCUCCAUGAACGACCUGUCGAUAGUUGUGGACAUCCUCAACAUCAUCAACCUCCAACCGUCGCUAUGGAAACUGGACCUGUGUACGACGAUUCUUCCUCAGAUCGACAAACUGCUGCAGAGUAAAUAUGAGAGCUACAUGCAGACCGGCUGUACGUCUCUGAAGCUGAUCAUGAAACAUUUCUGGUUGCUGAUCUCUGAAACGCUGAAAGCCUCUCCGUCUGUCGGAGUCGACAUCACGCGGGAGGAGCGACACCAGAAGUGCCGAACGUGCUGCAAGCACCUGAAGAACCUGAGCAACAUGGUGAAGAACAAGGCGGCGCAGGUCGGCCGGCACGGCAGCGCCUUCAAGGAGCUGCAGCUGCUCAUGGCGCCGCUCGACGACUUGCUCUGAGUCCGAACACAGCAGACGGCUUGAAACUGCUGAGACAGCAGACUGAGAUCAUCAAUACAUGAUCAUCAAUACGUGUCAGCUGAUCAGCAGCGGGACGCAGCAGACUGACGCUACAGAAGCUCCUUUGAAGCUUCAGAUUUCUGCACUUUUUAGUCAGCAGUCCUCCAGACUGUGGGAGUAAUGAGAGUGUUAAUGGAAGACAUUCUUCUUCUACUCUGAAGGAGCGCAGCGACAUGUUGAGGACACUCAGUCAGAGAAGAAGAACGACAGUUUGAUGAGCGGUCUGACAGCCGGCAGUGACGUCAGAGCGAGCAGCUUUAACGCUUCUUCACCCGAGAGAGAAACAAUCAGGAACAGACUGAACAUCAUCGUUUACUGAGUGACAACAACACCAACCUUAAAGGAACAGUGCACAGAGUUUAACUAACGUCUGGUGAAUGUGAAGCUCGAGCCGACAGGAAGCUGAAGUAGAAGAAACAGUUCAACACAAACAUUUGUUUUAUGUUUUUGUCCAGCUGAAACAAUCGGACACAACUUGAGUGACCUGUGGAGCUGCUGCUGCACAGAGCCAGGCUGCCUCCUCUGUUUCCUGACCUCAUGCUAAGCUAAGCUAACCCGCUGCAGGCUGUAGCUUCAUAUUGAUCAGACAGUCUGAACAUCGUAGAGGAGUCAAACUGCUCCUUCAGUGAAUCCAUGAGACUCGACUCGUCUUCACAGGAAAGCUGAAGCAAAGUGAUGAAACUAUUAUUAAUAUUUAAUAAUGAGCAGGUGUGUCAGUCUGGAGUCAGGUAUUCAGUUCACCUGAGACACUGUUAGUCCGUCAGGUUUCACUGUGGUUUUCUACUUUCUCUACUGUUAGGCCUUCUGUUUUAAGUGUCCUGUUCUUACUGUGUAUUUAAAUAAAGUUGUUCAUGUUGGAUCA